GGGCACUCCAAGUCAGGCUCCUCCUCCUUACUGCCACUCUAUCUUUAUCUUCAUCAGUCUGCCAGUGAUGCCCCGACAACACCUAAGUACUCCAAGGAGCACCGCGACAUCUUCUUCCCUGCCUCUCUGCCCACCCCAGUCCUGCUCAGCCACGCUGCCUGCCACCCCCUGUCUGUCCAGGAUAGCCAAACCAAACUCCAGUACGAGCCCCUGGGCAAGGUGCCCAGACCUCCAGCCAGCGGCUCCCACGAGCAUUGUCAGCCCCAGCACAGGAGAGCCCCCCUGCCCAUCCACCUUGCUUCAACUAUGGCCUUCCACCCCCAAACAGGUCAGUUUCCUCCCUCCUCCUUUCUCAGUACAUUUCAUAAAACACAGCAGUAACACUGCCUGUUAAACUGGUCUGUUAAAAAACAUGUUUAAAAUAUGCUACUACAAAGAGGAUAAGGUCAUCAAACAUUUCAUUAAAAUUGUGUGGAUCCUCUUUGGAGAAUAUAUUGUAAUGUGAAUUGAUUUGUAACACUCACAGUAAGUUAGCUACAAACUGGUUUUGUUCACUGUACUCUAUCUGCAGUUGAUGAUACCCUGCUUUGUACCUGCUUCUCUAGGGGAGGAGGACAGAUGAAUGUCAGAGCUGCUCUCUCUCGCUCUUGGUCUGUCACUGUGCAAUUAGAUAGCCUGCCAGCAGGGGGCACACUUGCCCACCCAGAGCUGUGUUGCGUAACUACUGUACAUCAUGACCUGGUUGAAUGUUGACUUUCUGGUUUAGUAAGUCACUUAUGUCUCCCUAGUACAUAGCACAUCUGACACUUACAGAUGGAAGUGUUUGAAAUAAUUAUCUGUCUAACUUGGAACACUGUUCUCCUGAUGAUACAUUGUUUCCGUAUGACACAAUUGUGUCAAGCCUCUUUUUAGUUUACCGUCCUGAUUGUUGAGUACAUUGAAUAUUUAAGGAGGAUAUCAUCCACAUGAGAGUGCACACACACACGAGGUGUGAGGUUAAGGAGAUCAAUGCUCAGCAUCAGGAAGCUCGGCACUGAAAUCUACUAAUGGUUUCCCAGGCAACCUGAAUGAAGAGAUCGGGUAGAGAGAGAGUGGAUUAUUGUAUUUGCUGUCCGUGCUGCCAGCGCUACUGUAUGCUGCAUGCUGAGGCAUUACUCCCUCAUAUAUCCUAUUUUCCUCCAGCUUUCAUUGUGGGGUCUGUUAUGGCAGCCUGGAACAAUAUUUGAAAUCAGUGGCUUUGUUUGUCUGUGUAUAAAAAUGACAUUUAUGUUCCAGUAAGCUCAUGUUAAUGUUGGUCAUUGCAAACAUUCUUGCUAUAGUAUAGUUCACUGCAUACUCAAUCAGUCUCAAAUGGGUUAUUCCGUCAAUCCCAGAAGUAUGAGUGAGAGCCUGCCAUCUUGUCUUUCUUCACUGUGCUGGUGUAUAUGUUUUGAAUGCUGUAUGGAUUGUGACCCAGCCAGGUGAUGUGAUGUGGUUGUGUUUCUCCAGAGGAACGUGAGGAGCCCCCAGAGGGACUGUCCUACAGACAGCAGGAGUCUCAUCUUUGCCAACAAAUGAAGCUGGCCACUGUGUCCCCAGGGCAGGAGGCUGCAGGCUGGCACCAUGACGAGCCUGCUUCCUGUAGUGCCACACAACCCUGCUCAGGUAAGAACAUUUACAACCAGGAAAUACCAAGAGGGAAAGUAAGAAUUCUAAUAAGGGGAGGAUCCAUUUGAGAAGUUGUCAUAAUGUUUCUCUGUCCCACCUCCUCUGUUGUUCAGACCAGCAGCUGUAUGGCAGCAGUGAACAGUCCAAGAUGUCGGACCCUAGUCGUAUCCGCUCGCGCAUCCCCCCCAACAUGCCAAAGCUCUUCAUCCCCUCCACCGUCACCAAGUUCCCCCCGGAGAUCACCGUCACCCCACCUACUCCCACCCUGCUCUCCCCCAAAGGAAGUAUUUCAGAGGAAACCAAGCAGAGACUCAAGGUGCUCUCUCGUUCUCGCUCUCCUCUCUUUCUCUCUCUGUCUCGCCCUCCUAUCCAAUUUGUAAGUCGCUCUGGAUAAGAGCGUCUGCUAAAUGACGUAAAUGUACAUGUAAAUCUAUUUCUCUCGCUCUCUAUCCUGUCUCUCUUUCUCUAUCCUGUCUCUAUCUCUCUAUCCUAUCUCUCUCUCUCUCUCUAGCAUAUCUAUUUAUCUAUCUCUAUCUAUUUCUCUGGCAACUUUCUAUCUUCUCACCCUGUCUGUUACUGAAACUAAACCCUCCUGUUCUCUGCUCCUGUUCCCCUGUGUAGAACGUGAUCCUGUCCUCCCAGUCGGCGGCCACAGUGAAGAAGGAGACGCUGAGCCAGCCAGCCCUGGAGGUGCAGGAGACCUCCAGCCAGGAGUCAUCUCUGGAGAGUGAAUCAGACGAUGGGGAUGAGGAGGAUGAUUACAUGGACAUC